GACAACCAGAGGCCACCAUGAAGACCAUUACCCUGUGUUUAGCAGCGACGCUAGCCCUUGCGGCAGCUGAAGCACCCCUGGGUGGAGGCUACAGCUACAACAGACCCUCCAGUGGAGGCUUUGGGGGCGGCUUCGGCGGCGGAUACAGCGGAGGCGGCGGCGGAUACAGCGGUGGUGGUGGAUACAGCGGUGGUGGCGGAUACAGCGGGGGCGGCGGCGGCGGAUACGUCCAAGUAGCUGUCGGUCCCUCCACCAACGAGGGUCAAUACGUUGACCAGGAGUUGCUGGAGAAGGUCAGGCAGAUCAUCCUGAAGGACGAAGCUUCAUCUUCCUCAUCGUCAUACUCCGGCGGUGGCGGCUACAGCGGCGGCGGCGGCUACAGCGGCGGCGGUGGUGGUGGAUACCCCAGCUCCAGCUACGGCGCUCCCAGCUCGUCCUACGGUGUACCUUCAUCUUCUUACGGAGUCCCCUCGUCCGGCGGAUACGUCUCUAGAGUAGUCGGAGUCGACCUGGAAGGAGUCAAGCAAGCCCUGCAAGUAGCUCAGUACGAACAGUCCGGCGGUGGCGGCGGCGGCGGUGGCGGAUACAACUACGCCCCAUCCUCCAGCUACGGCGCCCCCUCCAGGCCGUCCGGUUCGUACGGCGUCCCCUCCUACUAAACCUCCCCUCGGCUUUUGUACAUAUCUCAACUAGGAUAACGCGGGUCUCAACAUCGUCCACCGAGUUUUUACAGAAGGCGCAGUUUUGUUGUCUGUUAUCGUUUUUAUAAGUCAAAGUCGCCAAAUUCUGUACAGACUCGGUACCAAUAUUUUGUAUUAUAGUUAUUGUUUUUUAUAAAAAACACAAAAAAAUACGAAAAAACAUUAUAAAACGAAUACAUUUUGCCACCGUGA